AAGGUUUAUUUGCAGGUAAAAAUAGAAACCAGCUUGUGCCUUUUCUUCAUGUGUGUGUUGGGUGGGAGCUGAGCGGUGGUGGUAAAUAAACAAAUAUUGACUAGUAGUGCCGUGUUUACAGGGUACUCGUUUGAAGGUUCCAAGAUAUCCGAACGCGUGAACACAAACGCGGCGUUUUACGGAAGAAGUAUUGGUGCACGAGAGAUUUUGACAGGUGGAGUGCCUCGACCUCCUCAAGCUCAGCGGUUGUACGAUAUUUUGGCAUCGCUUGGCGCAGGUCCGCGACCCGGCAUGCCCUUUGCUCCAAAGAAGGGUCCACCCUUGCCUGUACCACCAUCACAGCAACAACAGCAACAACAGCAACAACAACAACAACAACAACAGCAACUCCCUUCAUCGCCUUAUCAUUCCUCUUCACCUUACUCUCCACGAUACAAUAACAUUCCCGGAGUUGGUAACGGAGCAGCAGCAGCAGCAGCAGCAGCAACAGGUACAAACGACGCAUGGCGACGUUCUAGCUUUCAAAAGCCACCAGAAGGACAACAACAGCAGCAGCAGCAGCAGCAGCAUGUUUCCUUUGAUGAACCGCCACCUCCAUACGAACCUUCGAACAAUCCAAACAUGUAUGCAUCGACAGCGACCGGUGAUGUGAAACAAGGCGCAUCCACAUCCCCGUCAUCGUCAGGAGGUUACCAGCCAGAACCAGUAGCAGCAGCUGCAAGCGACAACAGUAGCAAUGCAGCAGCAACAGCGCCUGGGUACACUGCGUCACCAGGUUACGAGCAUUUUUACGCAAGCGAUACCAAAAAGAAUCCUUCUGGAUUCGAUCAACAGCAAGGAGAGUCCACGGUGGUGGUGGCAAAAUACAACUUUAGUGGCGAACAGCCGGGCGAUCUGACGUUUUCCGAGGGCGAUUAUAUCAUUGUGACUCAACGGAAAAUCGAUCGUCAAGCGUGGUGGGAAGGCGAGAUAGGGACCCGGAAAGGCAUGUUUCCUGCCAAUUAUACCGAAGACGUUUCAUCAUGAUUUUAAAGCAAAAUAAACGGAGUGAGGGGAGUUGUCUGUGGGCGUGGACACAAGAAGAUCAAGAAGAAGACAACGCUAUCUGAUGCAUAUAAGUGCGUGCGUGCUGUUACAUGUGUUGCGAAGAAGAAGAGGAAGAAGGUAACGGAAGAAAGGACAAGUAUCUAUUUUGGGCUGCUGUGAAAUAGCCACAUAUGUUAUUAACGCCGUAGCCAAUAUAAACACUUGAUUGCAAUGUGCUGCUGCUGCUGUUGUUUGGGCGUGUGGGCCACACAUCUUUUUAUUGUUUUGCACCCGAGUUGCUUUUC